AUGCGGCGGUUUUUGUGUCGCUUCCUCAGAUUCACAGAGUUCCUGGAGCCCUUUGAGAGAGUGAUCCAGCCAGAGGAGCUGUGGCUCUACAAAAAUCCCUUGGUGGAGUCGGACCACAUCCCCAAGAGGGUCAUGUUCGCGAUUUCAUUUCUCACUCCGUUGGCUGUGAUAUUUGUGGUGAAGAUCAUUCAGCGGACAGAUAAGACAGAAAUCAAGGAGGCGUGUCUAGCUGUCUCACUUGCUCUGGCUUUGAAUGGAGUCUUCACAAACACUAUCAAGUUGAUAGUUGGCAGGCCCAGGCCAGACUACUAUCAGCGCUGUUUCCCAGAUGGACAGGUGAAUAUUAAGAUGCUGUGCACCGGAGAACCACACCUAGUGUCAGAGGGACGCAAGAGUUUCCCCAGCAGCCACUCCUCCUUUGCGUUCUCUGGCUUGGGCUUCACCUCCUUCUAUCUGGCUGGAAAGCUGCAGUGCUUCACAGACGGGGGCCGCGGGUGCAGCUGGCGUCUGUGUGCCAUGUUGCUGCCUCUCUACAGCGCUUUGAUGAUCGCCCUGUCCCGCACCUGCGACUACAAACACCACUGGCAAGAUGCCUUUGUUGGAGGGGUGAUCGGCCUGCUUUUUGCCUACAUCUCCUACCGACAGCACUACCCUCCGUUCCUGCACAUGGACUGCCACCUGCCUUAUGCCAGUCUGGACAAAGCCCCCCACCUCAUUUCUGCCCAGGGCGAUCCUCGGGUCCUGCCCACUGAGAAUGCCACCAGCCUGCCUCUGAAGGGAAUGACGGAGGGGCCUGUAUGA